AUGAAAAGAAAGCUAAGCAUUGCCAUGGUCUCUGACUUUUUCUAUCCAUCGAAUGGAGGAGUGGAGACACACAUAAGGUACCUCGGGGAAGAGCUUAUAAUGAUGGGGCACAAAGUAAUUGUGAUUACGCACAAGACAGGAGACCAUGUUGGAUGCAGAAUGGUUGGGAAUAUCAAGACGUAUUUCCUGGAUAUUCCUAUUAUAUGCAGGAAUGUUGCAUUUCCCAGUCUUUUCUCUAGUUUUUCACUGCUCAAAGAGAUAUUUGAUGAUGAACAGGUUGAAAUAGUCCAUGGGCACCAAACCAUGUCAAGCAUGUGCAUUGAGGCGCUGUUCCAUGCAAUCACGCUUAACCUGAAAACAGUGAUAACUGAUCACUCGAUAUUCGAGGUGGGCCCGUUUGAAAACAUUGUUGUGAAUGCAUUAUGCAGAUUUGUGUUGAAAAGUGUUGGCAGGUGUAUUUGUGUCACAUAUACGUCAAAGGAAAACACACACUUGAGGACGCACAUUCCUCUUGAAAAGAUCCACGUGAUCCCAAAUGCAAUGCUUUCGGAGCUUUUCUAUCCAGAUCAAAGUAAGACUCGCAAUGGCAAAGUUGUAGUUGUUGUAUGCAGGCUUGUGUACAGAAAAGGCGUGGAUUUGCUUGCAGAUGCCAUUCCAAUCGUAUGCAAGGCAGAUCCUGAUGUAAGGUUUAUAAUAGUUGGUGAUGGGUCAAUGAGAGAAUGUAUUGAGCAGACUUUGGAUGAGUAUAGUUUAUAUGAUAGAGUUGAUAUGAUGAGCGAUGUAUGUCAUGAUCAAGUUGGCAGUAUAAUGAGAAAAGGUGAUGUUUUCCUAAAUGCAUCCCUGACAGAAGCAUUCUGCAUAGCAAUAGUAGAGGCUGCUUCAUGCGGCCUGCACGUUGUCAGCACGAAUGUUGGAGGUGUGCAUGAGGUUCUUCCUCCAGAUAUGAUUACAUUCAGUAAACUUACAGCGCAUGAUCUUGCCAAAAAUGUACUGAAUGCAUUGAAGAGACACAACUAUAAUGGGCGUGGCUAUAAUCAACGGCUCGAAAGCAUAUACAACUGGAGAAGAGUUGCAGAAAUGACUGAGGAUGUGUACACUGGAAUGAAGAGCACCGCAAUAAGCUAUAUACAGAGACGAAGGUUAUAUAAAGGAAUCUCUGGAUUUAUAUUCAGGUUGUUUAUUACCAUUGAAUACAUCCUUCUUUAUGCAAUCAACGUAUCUAAGUAA